UGUUCUGUUUUUAUGUCUAUUACGUUUUUUCUUAUGCAUAAAAAAAUUGUAAGAUGUAGCCUAAGAUAUUUUUGAUGCUAAGAAAACAGUUGAUUUUGCUUAUUUGAAUGUCCUUAUUCAGUUGAGGGCCUUUAGUAAAUGUUUGUUGCUGCUAAUAUUGCAGAAAGUUGGGAAAAUGGAUGGAAGCAAUCAGAGUGGAGUCUCCGAGUUCCUGCUCCUGGGGCUCUCAGAGAGUCCUGAAGAGCAACAUGUUCUGUUUUGGAUGUUCCUGUCCAUGUACCUGGUCACAGUGGUGGGAAAUGUGCUCAUCAUCCUGGCCAUUGGCUUUGAUUCCCGCCUGCACACUCCCAUGUACUUCUUCUUGGCCAACCUUUCCUUUACCGACCUCUUCUUUGUCACCAACACAAUCCCCAAGAUGCUGGUGAACAUUCAGUCUCAGAACAAAGCCAUCUCCUAUGCAAGGUGUCUGACACAGCUCUACUUUUUGGUCUCCCUGGUGGCCCUGGACAACCUCAUCCUAGCCACGAUGGCGUAUGACCGCUAUGUGGCCAUCUGCCGCCCCCUCCACUAUACCACGGCCAUGAGCUCUAGGCUCUGUAUUUUGCUCCUCGCCUUGUGUUGGGUGUUCUCUGUCCUCUAUGGCCUCAUCCACACCCUCCUUAUGACCAGAGUGACCUUCUGUGGGUCCCGGAAGAUCCACUACAUCUUCUGUGAGAUGUAUGUCCUGCUGAGGCUCGCAUGUUCCAACACCCAAGUCAAUCACACAGUGCUAAUUGCCACAGGAUCCUUCAUCUUCCUCACCCCCUUAGGGUUCAUGAUCAUGUCCUAUGUCUGGAUUGUCAAAGCCAUCCUCCAAAUACCCUCAGCCUCUAGCAAGUAUAAAGCCUUCUCCACCUGUGCCUCCCAUUUGGCUGUGGUCUCCCUCUUCUAUGGGACUCUCUGUAUGGUAUAUCUGCAGCCCCUCCACACCUACUCCAUGAAAGACUCAGUAGCCACAGUGAUGUAUGCUGUGGUGACCCCCAUGAUGAACCCUUUCAUCUACAGCCUGAGGAACAAAGACAUGCACAGGGCACUGGGAAGACUUCUCCUAGGGAAAGUCUUCCAGAGGUUGACAUGAGGGUAAUUUUGGAAAGGGGGCUGAAGUGGAGACUGGGAAUGUCCUUCACCAUGUGCAAGGCAUUAUCCUAUGGGCGAUACAGGAGUGAUUAGCACACAGAUCCAGCUCAGAAGGGGUUUACUGGUUUGUGGUAAAGAAAAGACAUGGAUGUGUAACCCAGUGUCCCCCAGACCUCACCAGCCUUGGGAAUAAAUAAGAUCACACUAACACUAAGACUAGAAGUUUGCAGGAGCAAAGUCUUCAACUUGCCUGAGACAGGACCACAGUCCCAGCCUUACCCAAAUAUACCGCAGACAUAGCCUCGCGGAGUUUCUCAUAUUCUCUAGUGCAAACCCACUCAUAUUCUUCUGAACACUGAACUUCUUUAAGGAGCCUGCUGCCUGUAAGCCAUUUAUAGAAGACACCUUGCACUCCUCCAACUGCAGAUACCCUAGGUGAGGCUGCCCCUUUCCUGGUGCUCUGCAGGCACAGUUCCCACUGCUACAAUUCUGACCGACAGUCCCUCUGGACACAGCAUCUGAUGUUCAGGUAGAAAUGACAAGAGAUUCCUCUCUUUUGGUCUAGGAAGAUUUUUG